AGCAGCUCUAGCAUUACAGUUGAACAAGGAAGAGGACAGUAUUGGGGAAUUAAUUAUAUACAGUACCUGAAUCGGUUCUUGCAGACAGGAAUUAGCAAUGGGGGAGCCUCAGGGAUUUCAUACAAACACUGCUCUACAAGGUAAAGACAUGGCCUACAGGAAGGUUCGUGCAGGCCAUGGGGGACCUCUGCACUCUCAAGACCUGGAGAGCGAGGAGCUGCAGGCCACUGGCCUAGAGCUGGAGUGGGACAUGGAGAAGGAGCUUGAGGAGCCAGGCCUGGAUACCUUCCAGCUGGAGGACACCGAGCACCAUCCCUCAGGCAACUCCACCAGGGCUGCCGACCUAGACAUGGAACCCAUCCAGCCCUCCACAUCCCCACAUGGGCGCUUUGAGCGCCUGCAGGAGGACCCGGAUUAUGUAUCACAUUUCAACAGACCUGCACCAAAGAACCAACGAAGGAGUGGUUGUCCAUUGGCCCGUUAUCUUCUGGUGGGCAGUGGCCUUUUCGUCCUGGGACUGAUUAUUGGUCGCUAUGCUCACAGCACUGAUAAACAAACAUCAGGACCUCCUGCAGACACCGAUCUCUACCAAAACGUACUACAAGACAUCACUGCUGAGAAAAUAAGAGCACAUUUAAGGGCUUUAAAUGCUGUAUCGACUGAGAACGACGAAUUUUCCCGGGCAAGGUACCUUCUUCACCAGUGGACAGAGCUGGGGUUGACAGAUGUCCACUUGGCCAAUUAUAGCGUUCUCCUCAGCCAUGCAGGGUCCUCCCCCAGCACCAUCACCAACAAGGACAGCGGGCAGUGUUUCCUUCCCAAUGGGAGAGCAUGUGAUGCCAGGAGCUGGAGCCCCACCUCCAAAGACCAGCUUUUCUCCUUUGCUGCAUACUCUGCUGUGGGCACCCUGGAGGCCGAGGUGGUUGAUAUCCAGUAUGGAACAGUGAAGGACUUGACCGAAGCCAGUGCAGCUACCAAUGCUACUAAAAGGAUUGCACUAUUAAAACUAGGACAGGCACCCUUAGUUUAUACGCUGUCCCUCCUGGCUGAGGCUGGCUUUGGGGGGGUGCUCCCCUAUGUGGACCCCUGUGACCUCCCCAAUGAGCAGAGACUGUGGGAUGAGGCUUUUGGCAUCACUCUGAACCCUGGGGGAGACCCCUCCACCCCAGGGUACCCCAGCAUUGCUGGAAGUUACCGGGAGCAGAGGCCCAACCUGACAUCCCUGCUGGUCCAGCCAAUCUCUGCCUCGCUAGCCAGAGAGCUGCUGUCUGUCCCUUCGGUGGGGCAGGAGAGCCCCUGCACUCCUCUGGCUAUGCCAGCAACAUCAGUGAAAAAGACCAUUACUCUGUCUAUUGGGACCCAAGCCACAUACAAGAUGGUGCACAAUGUUAUUGGAUAUCUAAAAGGAGCAACUAAUCCUGAUCGAUACGUGCUGGUGGGCAGUCGCCAUGACAGCUGGCAUGGAGGCUCCUCGGCAGAGUGGAGCAGUGGUACUGCUGUCAUGACCCAGAUCAUUGCCUCCCUGACCGCCCAAGCCAGAAAAGGUUGGCAGCCUGACCGUACCACUGUUUUCUGUUCGUGGGGAGGAUCUGCAUUCGGCAAUAUUGGCUCCUUUGAAUGGGGAGAGGAGAAUCGGGUGGUGCUGCAGAGUAAUGCAGUGGCUUAUGUUAGCCUGCACAGCCCUGUCAGGGGGAAGCUGGCUUUGCGCUCUGUGGCAUCUCCCUCAUUACUGCAGGUGGCUUCUGACAUCCAUAAGAAGCUGUUGAAUUGCACAAGAGGAAGAAACUGCCCUGGACCAAAUGUCAGCUCGGUACAGAGCCCUGGGGAUGUGAACUUCUUUGCCAACCACCUCACAGUCCCCACUGUUGAAUUUGCAUUUCAAGAAACCAAAGCAGGAGAGAAAACAAGCUUUCUUUCUGAAGCCAUUUUCCCCACCAAUUCAUCAGCAAUAGAAAACUUAGAUCCCUCCUUCAACUUCCAUGAGAUCGCUGCAAAGAUGACGGGGGAAGCCAUUCUGCGAUUGGCCACUGAUCCGGUUCUUCCAUUUUACCCUUUGGAUAUUGCUCUGGAUGUUCAGAAUAAACUCAAAGAUGACAAAUUGAGCACAAAUGGGCUGCUGGCGGCGGCGGCUUCUCUGAGGGAGAGCUCCACAUUCUUCCAGUCUGAGAUGAUGCGCCCAGCUAAUGACCCCAAGGAGCGGGACCCUCCCCACGUGCGCAUGCUGAACGACGUUCUGCGGGACCUUGAGAGGAAUUUCAUCGCUCCGCGUCCGCCUCCAGGACUUUAUAGGAACCUGUUGUACAGUCUGAAUGCACAAGCAGCCCAGUUCUCCAUACUGAAGGACGCCCAAGAAGUGCAAAGCCGGGACAGCGUGAAUGUGUCCUUGUCACUGGUUUUGAAUGCCAUAAACUCAGCUGAGAGGCUCAUCAGGAGUGGGCUUGACCUCUUCGAGAAUGACCCCAAUCGAACAAACUGACACAAUGAGCCCAGCCUCACCUGUUAGAGCAUACCAGUGCUCAGCAUGAACCCUGCCCCUCCAAAUAACUUAUUCGAGACAGCACGACUAAGAUCCCUUUAUGUACUGACAUGCAAGUAUGUCAAAAUGAAAGCAAUGGGACAAAAGCAAUACGAAGAAACCAGAAUGCAUUUCCUAUUCUGAUUGAACUGCCCAUGUCGAGUAUCUAAAGAAUUCAGGGCUUAGGGACUUAAUAAGUCCAUCUUUUAACAGAAGCCGUUGCUUCAGCUUGCUUUCUUUUGCUAUCACCGAAAUCGUUGAGCUCUGUUUAUUUGUCUUAGCGGUUCCCUUCCAAGAGUAAUGACAGUAAUGCCAGGGAGCCACGCUUAAUAACCUGAAGGUCGCAGCUGAAAAAUAAACAUGCUGCAACAGAGGAACAUGUGGAGCGCAACAACCAAGUAAAUCUACUUGACAGAAGCCUUGGAGGAUGAAACAGAUUGUUGUUUGCCAGCACUGAGCACAGUCUGUUGGCACGCUUUGGAAUGAGAGCAUUGUCAGUUUUCAACACCGCCCUAUGACAGAA